AUGCGCCUCCUUAGCUGGAUCCUCCAGUUUGCACUGUUAUUUUUAUGUGUGUGCCCCUCUGCAUCGGAUGUAGUGCAGCAUCACACAAGAGGUGUCGAGCAAAGUCUAAUUAAUAACGGUGUCCCGUCCUCCACGAAUACUCUCGCCUCAUUCUUCUUCUGGGAGCACGCAGUCGCUCUCGAGAACAAGUUUCGAGAAUAUACGAACUGCGAGCUGGAGAAAGCCAAGGAAACCUCCGAAAAAGUCGCGACCCAAAUUACCAGGAUUCACUCCGGAUUGGACUACAUCAUCAAUGCGACGGCAGCAGCACGUAAGGAACUCGAGCAGCAAAUGAAACUGCAUGACUUUACCCUCGAGGACUUUUCACACGAACUCGAAUAUGUGUCUGCGGACGUUCUUGUAUGGCUUCAGAAAGAGUUUCCACCAAUGGAUGAGGCUCCGGGUCACGAGGGGAGACAGAGGAUAGCGAGCAGCGAUGUUAUAGAGCAGCACCCCGAUCUCGCCACAAUGGUUCUGUUUGCAGCAGUGGGCGUAAUUCUUCCAGAGAGUCUCUUCCUCAAGCCGAUCGGCAACUUGUUUGGCUGGGGUCCUUUAGGGCCUAGGGGAGGUACCGGUUUCAUUUGA